AUGCGAGGAUGCCUGCAGUUAGCCAGAUGGCUGAGCGCGGCUCCGAAAUGGCCUGCGUCCAGCCUUCUUAAGGCGCCCAGAUCACCCUACGCGACUCGUCUUUUUACCACCACUUCCCCCCACAAUGCAAAGGGACCGUCAAAGGUUGCUAUGACCGAUCUCGAAGCGAGGAUAUCUGCGAUCCCGAUUGAGCGAUACCGCAACUUCUGUAUUGUCGCGCACGUUGACCAUGGAAAGAGCACGCUCUCCGACCGGCUCCUGGAGCUUACCGGCACGAUUAAACCGGGCAUGAACAAGCAGGUUUUGGACAAGCUCGAUGUCGAACGGGAACGAGGAAUCACAGUCAAGGCUCAGACAUGUACCAUGAUAUAUAACCAUAAGGGAGAGGAUUAUCUGCUACAUCUUGUUGAUACACCGGGUCACGUCGAUUUCCGCGCGGAGGUGUCGCGGAGUUAUGCUAGCUGUGGAGGGGCGCUGCUUUUAGUCGAUGCAAGUCAAGGCAUCCAGGCGCAGACCGUCGCGAACUUCUACCUUGCUUUCUCGCAAGGAUUGGAGUUGAUUCCCGUCAUUAACAAGGUGGACCUUCCGUCGGCCGAACCGGAGCGGGCCCUCGAGCAGUUGGAACAGUCCUUCGAACUUGAUACGGAGGAUGCAGUGCUUGUCUCAGCCAAGACUGGACUUAAUGUUGAGCAGCUGCUUCCGACGGUGGUAGAGAAGAUUCCUGCUCCGAUUGGCGAUUGUAAGAAAGCUCUCCGUAUGCUACUCGUUGACUCUUGGUACGAUUCCUACAAAGGCGUCAUAUGCUUGGUCCGUGUCUUCGACGGCGAGCUCCGCGCUGGUCAGCAAGUCGUGUCUUUCGCAACUGGCAUUAAGUACUACGUCGGCGAAGUCGGUAUCCAGUAUCCGCUCGAAACUCCACAAACUGUCCUUCGCGCAGGUCAAGUCGGAUACAUCUUUUUCAAUCCCGGCAUGAAACGAAGCAAAGAAGCCAAGAUCGGUGACACUUUCACAACGGUCGGAUCAGAGAAGGCCGUGGAGCCUCUACCUGGAUUUGAGGAGCCCAAGGCCAUGGUCUUCGUCGCUGCGUAUCCUGUGGAUGCAGACCAUUUUGAACACUUGGAGGACAGCAUCAACCAGCUCGUACUCAACGACCGAAGUAUCACCCUUCAGAAAGAGUCGUCCGAGGCGCUCGGAGCAGGAUUCAGACUUGGAUUUUUAGGGACUCUGCACUGCUCGGUGUUUGAGGACCGUCUUCGCCAGGAGCAUGGCGCCAGUAUCAUUAUUACCCCGCCGUCAGUUCCAGUCAAGGUUAUUUGGAAGGAUGGGAAGGAAGAUGUCAUUACCAACCCUAACAAGUUUCCUGACGAGGAUGACGUGCGUAUGAAGGUUGCGCAACUUCAAGAACCCUACGUGAUGGCCACUUUGACCUUCCCUGAUGAAUAUCUGGGAACUGUCAUUGAACUGUGCGAAGCGAACCGCGGAGAGCAGAAGAGUAUUGAAUACUUUACCGCGACACAGGUCAUCCUCAAGUACGAACUUCCUUUGGCCCAGCUAGUCGACGACUUCUUUGGCAAGCUGAAGGGUGGUACAAAGGGUUACGCAUCUCUGGACUAUGAGGAGUCGGGCUGGAAAACCAGUAACAUCGUCAAGCUCCAACUUCUUGUCAACAAAGCUCCAGUCGAUGCUGUUGCCCGGCUUGUGCAUUACAGUCAGACCGACAGGCUGGGGAGGCAGUGGGUGACCAAGUUCAAGGAGCACGUCGACCGACAGCUCUUUGAAGUUAUCAUUCAGGCUGCGGUGGGCAAAAAGAUCGUGGCGCGUGAAACCGUCAAGCCAUACCGAAAAGAUGUCCUGGCCAAGCUCCACGCCAGUGAUGUGAGUCGGCGAAGGAAGUUGUUGGAGAAGCAGAAGGAGGGACGAAAGAGGCUCCGAGCCGUGGGAAAUGUUGUGAUUGAGCAUAAGGCGUUCCAAGCAUUCCUGGCGAAGUAG